CAGUUACCGUCCCGUGGGUGGGUGUCUCCACGUUCAUUAGAAACAGGUGGAUCCCUGAAUGAAUCCCUGUUUGAGGCCCUGACAGCUGGAGAUAUUUGCGUAAAAGUCCCAGAGCGGUAAACAGCCGCGCUGCGUGCGGAUCAAACUGCUGCUCCAGUUUAAUUUGCGCAUAAAUGUUUCGCGUCCUGUUUGGAUAAAGUCGUGAUUGUUAAUGUUGAGUUGGAAGGUAAACGGAGAGCGCCUCCUCUUCCUCCUCCUGCUGCUGCUGCGCGUCCUCGCCGGCUUUAUUUGCUCCAUAUGGCGUUUGACAUGGUACCCAGGAAGGUGGGGGAAAGCGUGUGGGCGGGGAGAGGAAGGAAAAAAAGCCUCGUAUUUGUCUGUCCUGAAAUUUGAUUCAGAAGUUCAGGAUCCUGGAAGACAAAAAGCGAGCGGAGGGGGAGGGAAGGCAGGCAAAAAAAGCGAGCGGAGGCUGCGAGAGGAGAAGAGAGCACCUCGAUCCUUCCCAGACUGUCACUGAAAUCUGGUUUCCUGAUUUUGGUCUGGUUUUAGUCUGAACUUCUUCCUGCUCCUCUCCGGCGGUGUGACUAUGAGCACCUCGGGGCUUCAGGCCACGAACCGUCAAAAUGCCAAAGAGCUCGACAGCAUGAAGGAGUCCAUCAGCGACAUCAUCAACCAGCUCCAGGACAUCGACCCAGCCAGGCUCUCCUUCUCUCCCUUCCUGGACCUGGACACUCAGAUCUCACUGGCGCCGGUCUCGGACAGCCCCGAGUCGUCGGUGGAGGAGCUGCGCUCGUCCUCCCACUCCGUCUCCGGCUCCCAGCGUUCGCUGGAACAUCCACCAGCGCAGGAUCAGCCAAGGAGUUCAGGUCAGCCGUGCCACCAGCAGCGCAGCAACCCCGUGAACCCCGGAGCUCGUCAGUCGGAAGAGGGGCCGACGGAUCAGCGCCGGUCCAGUCCGGUCCUCACAGCGAUCAGCCUGGAAGCCACUGUAGAAAACUGCACCGGCCCUCAAACGCCGGCCUCCCAGCGAGACAUCCCCAACGGCACAGACCCGCCCAGAUGGAGCCCAGAAUCCAACACUUUGGACUGUACUGUAGACGAGGGUCGACCCCUCAUAAGCCCGCCGCCAGAGAGCGUUGAGCUGGCCGUGUGGCGUUCAGAAGGCCAGGGAGACACGGCGGCGGAGGAGGCUUCGGAUCGGGGACGGUGCUGCUGCCUGUGUACGUGCUGUCAGAAGGGCCGGCUUCCUGCUUUCUUCUCAGCUCUGGCCUCUCUUGUCUGCGCGGCCGGGAUUCUCUACGCGUUCUACUUCUACGUCCCCAUCAGAAUCCCCGACUGCAGCAGCACCGGGAGCCGCAUCGUCUUCGCCUUGUCCUGCUGCGUGGCGGCUUCACUCCCCGUCCUGCUCGCGAUGCUCGGGGCUGCAGCCUGCCAGUUCUGCUCCGGCUCUCUCGGCGUGCAGGAGUCCCUUCCCCGACGGCAGAGGCUUCAACAGCUGUUUAUCACAGCGUCCUUGGAGCUGCUGCUCCUCUACGUGCUCAACCUGAUCCUCAUAGCGUUGUUAGUCCCUCAAGAGCAGCUUAAGGUGGUGCCCAUGCUAGUCGCCAUGUUCAUCAUUGGACGGCUUGUUUACUGGUUCAGCCUGAACACGUGCAGCUCCUGGCGAGGCUUCGGCUCGGGGCUGACCUUUUUCCCGCUCCUCGCCGUAGUCGCUCUCAAUCUGUUCCUGAUGUACCAGCUCUAUCUCAAAGCUUUCCUUUUCGGCUCCCAGGACGUCCUCUAUAAUCAGGUCACCCCUUCCCCCUGGUCGGGGAGCACAUCUCAGAGCCCGAGUGGCAAACCAGACGUCCUUCCCACAGACAUCCUGGAUGCUCAGUGAGGAGCUGCGCUUUCUUCUCUAAGAGGAGGCCAUAUUUUUCCAAAAUAGGCCAUUCCUGUGGUCUGCAAUUCAGCACAGCUCCACCCGCUGCCACUAUAACCUCCAACUGUGUAUAGGCUUAACUUGUGUUUAUGCUCCUCCCGAGCGCAGCCUUUUUAUGUGGAUUCGUGCUAUAUUAUCUGCCAUGCUAGAGCUCAGCCCUGCCAGUGGCCGAGGAGGCCUUUGAACAAUGCUGUAGUCAUAAAACAGUUGUCCUUUUUAAGCCACUGCAGUGCCUGUCUUUAAUGAUUGGAACUCUGUACUUAAAGUUCAUACAGCAUGAAGCUGCUUUUGCUACUGCAGCUGCAGUUCACAAAUGUCAAAUAUGUCAGAAAACUUUGUAAAUGUCCAAGACAAUUAAAAAAAACAGAGAUUAAAACAAAAA